UUCAACGACUGUUACGUGCCAUAAACUAGUCGACGGCUUUACUUGAUAGUCCUACAGUUUUUUCCUCAAAAUGAGAAUUUCGUGCAAACGUUCCGGCUCAGAAAUGUGUGAUUUUUCUGCUCUAAGUACAGAGAAACAAGAGCUAGUUAAAAUGUUCGUUGAUUAUUUGCAAUCGGAUACACUUAAACACCAUGGGCAUGGCCAAGGGCAUCAUGGUCACCAUGGGAGGUUUGGAAAGGAUGGUCAUGGAAAGUUUGGACAUUUUGGUAAGCAUGGCAUGCAUGGUGGACGGCAUGGGCCCCAUAGCAUGCAUGGUGGACGGCACGGGCCUCAUGGCCAUUGCAGGCCCCAUGGACUCCGUGGGCACCACGGUCACGGCGGUCAUGGUAGGCCGCAUGGUCACUGCCACCGCGGCCGUCACGGUCUACAUGGUAAACACGGGAAGUUCUGGGCGCAGUGGACCGUUGACCUAACUGAGGAGUCUGAUGACUCUCAAAAUAUGGUGGAGACUGGCCGCAAUCCAUCUCCACCUCCUGCUGAGACAACCGAUCAGGGAGCAGAAGGCAACAACACUGAUAACUGCAAAUGUUCCCGAUUCGGACGUAGACAUGGAGGCCGUUUUGGUAAAUGGAAGCUGCAAAAGAAAAACCAAGUACCAGUCGCCGAGAAUUCUUCCCAGACAGAGGAUAAUACUGACAAUACACAGGAAAAUCUAACCGAAAUGGUGGAAAACAUCAACAUUGAUAUUACUGAAUGAAACAAUUGAAGGUCGUGAAGACAAUGGGACGCACUUGACCAAUCAGUGACGCCAGGGUUUUUACCUUAAGAUAAUGAUACUAUAUUUGGUGUAGGUAACAUUUUAUUUCCUUUUUUCUCUUGUUUAUUUUAGAUGAUAAAC